AUGGUAACCGCACAACGGACCAAGGAGGUUUGCCAAAUAGUUCGGCUGAAGUCCACACAGGUAUUCCUGGUGGCCGGAACAUGUUUGCUAACAGUGAUGAUCACACUGCUCUGCAUUGGCCUUAUGACCCGCUACGAGGUACAGAACGAGGUGGCCAACGUGGCGGAUGUGGACUAUUGGAAGGACAGGGUGGCGCCAUCGCAGAAAAUCUGGUAUGACAAGGGCAUCGAUGAGCUCAACGAGGCGCUGAGAUCUUCCAAGGGUCCGCAGUAUCCCAGAAACGUGCGGAUAUUUCUGGUACAGGGUGUCGAUGGCCGGGAUUUGGCGGCCCUUCGAUUUCCAACUAGAGAUAUUAGCCAGGAAAAUGAGAACUUUCUUUGGGAUCAGUUUCCCCAUUUGGUUCGCUUGAAGAACAGCUGCAGUCAGCAGUUUCCCUGUCAAGUGGAGAGGGUUUCCAAAGCUCUUUGGUCGGGAAUACCUUUGGAUAGAGUCCCCGAAAGUCCGACGGAUUGUAGAGACUUGGUAAAUGCAACAAAAACCCCUCUGAGUAUUCUUCGCCAGGCUCAAUUGGCUGGUCUGCGAACUGGUUUUGUGACCACACAAAGGAUUACAGGAUCUACAGGAGCUGCCUUGGCGAAUACCCAUAGCAACUAUGAGUGCGAUGAAAGAAUGCCACUGGGCUCCUCAAAAUCAGGUUGCCAGGAUAUAGCCCGUCAGCUGAUCUCCGGUGAGACUGGUAAAUCCCUGAACGUAAUCAUUGGCGGCGGUAGGCAAAUGCUGAGCAGUCUGGUGCCCGUCAGCAAGUGGGAUCCUGUGGAUGAGCUACUCUGCGAGUCCAGCGAUGGUCGCAAUCUGCUGAAGGAGUGGAGAAACCACAAACUCAGGGAGAGCAAAAUUAAUCCUAUAAAAUUCGAACUGGUACAGCGCACCGAUGAGCUGGAGUCUCUGAAUGCCAGCAGUUUUGAUCAUAUACUGGGCAUAAUGGCAAAUGGAGAUUUAAGCGGAAAUGCAAAGGCCCCAAGUCUGCAAUUAAUGGUAGAGAAGUCCAUAGAAUUGUUGAAAAAACCAGGCCAAGGCUAUCUACUCAUAGUGGAGCAGUUUAUUCAGUCGGGCAUGGACAAAAGAAAGGAACUGCAGCUUCUGAACGACACUCUGGCUAAUCUUCACAAGGAUCAGGAUGCUCUUACUCUAGUUCUCUUGACCAAUGCCAUGUAUCCAAAGCCAACUUUGGAUGUGAGUGAGGAAACGGAGACAAUAGAACACCUUUCGGAUACUUUCAAUGCGUCGGAAUUGGAAAUGCAACAAAGACUUUAUCAAAUGCCAUCCGAAAGUUUACUUUUCGCUCGGGGACCAAAGUCUGCCAUUUUUCAUGGAAUUCGAAAGGAAACCUUCCUAGCACAUGCUGUUUCCCAUGUCCUCAGCAGAAGUAGAACUAAACCUUAA